UUUUCCAUAAGUACUACCAAACCCAUAUAAAUAACUAAGCCAACUUUGACUUUAAAUAAUCUCAUCCAAUGAAUUGUCAAUAAACCCCCGUUUCUAAGGAAUUAGAUCUCUGUUCCACUUCUUCUGUCCCUCAAUUUGAAGCUCUCUCUUUAUCACACGAUCAGAGUCAGAGAGAUAAAUCAUAUAUUAGAGAAAGCCAACACACAAAAUUGGCUAUUUAUUGCUCUCAUUUUUCAUUUCCCUCCAUUCAUUUUACAAAAAAUGAGAAAUUUCACAAAAACUACAUAUUAUGCUUUCAUUCUAUUUCUGUUUGCAGCCAAGGUGAGAAGCCGAUUCUUGCGAUAUAGUUCUUCUGAUUCAAUUUCAGAUGGCAUCGAUCACGUUGAAGGCAAUCAAUCCUCCUUUCUACUUCUCAAAGGAUUGGAUUCAGAAGAAGAGUGUGAGCAAAUGUAUGGUUUUUUGCCUUGUUCAUACACUCCUCUAGGCCAUCUGUUCCUGAUUUUGGUGUAUGAGUACCUGUUGUUUCAUGGAGAGAGUUAUGUUAAUUCUGGGGGCGAGCGGAUUUUCAAGAUUCUUGGGCCUGGAAUCUUUGGUGCAAGUGCAUUCCAUGUUCUUGAUUCCCUCCCAGAGUCCUUAAUUCUACUUGCUUCUGGACUUAUGGGCAGUAAAGAGACGGCGCAAGAGUAUGUCUAUACCGGUGUUGGCUUACUGGCUGGCUCAACAAUCUUGCUUCUCACUUUACUUUGGGGAACAUGUGUUAUUGUUGGCAGUCAAAACUUUUCCAAAAAUUCUGAGUCUAAUCCUUCAGUCAAUUCAAAUCCUACUACACAAAACCCAUUUUGGAGAUUGUUUUCAUUCUCAACUGGUCAUGGUAUAACUACAGAUGUGGAGGCUAGUUACACUGCAAGGAUUAUGGUUCUCUCUGUCAUACCAUUUAUAAUCAUCCAAAUCCCAAAAAUUUCCCAUUUAUUUUCUUCUGGGGAACGUAUUGUCAUCAUAUUCACUCUAGUUAUUUCCGUUGCAUUCCUUCUCGCAUACUUCUUCUAUCAGGUAUUCAAUUUAGGCAUUUAUGAUCGAACUUUUUUAAUUGGGUCAUGA